AUGUACGUGAGGACUUGGUGGCUCACCCUCGUUCUAGGCGCUGCGGGUGAGGCGUGCACGCCAGUCCGGAGCGCUGGGCUCCUGCAGAAGGCCGCCAGGCACCGCUCCGCCGGAGGUGUGCGUGCCGUCAACUACGGCCUCCCCGGUUGCCUUUGUGUGGGCGUUGACGGCGUAAACAGGACCAAGCGCCAGGAGCCCUUCAUCGGAGCGCAUUGCGACAACUGGACCGGGCCAUGUAAGCAGGAGCCCUGCGAGCGCUGGUGCUUCGUAGACCCAUGCCAAUGCAACGUCUCGAGCCGCGAGUCGGCCGCCACCGAGUCACCACUCUUCGCCUCCUCAAUGCUCACCGAUGCCAGGCCCUUUCCCAUAACGCCGCCGUCCAGAAUGUGGUGGUGA